CUCAGCUGACGUGGAGGAGCAGACUCUCGCCAGCAGCCGGACAGACUGGACCAACUGGAACUGAAUUAAGUGGUUCAGAGGAACGUUUGCCGCCUCGUAAAAUGGCGGCAGCGGAGGAGGCCAGCAGGCCGUUCGCCGGGCUGUCAGAUGUCUCCAUCUCCGAGGACAUCCCGGUAGAGGGAGACAUCUCUGUGCCCGUCGGCUCCUCCAGGCGGGAUGAUGAGUUCUCCACGCUGGACGAGCCAGUGAAGGAGACCAUCUUGCGGGACCUGCGGGCGGUGGGGAACAAGUUCAUCCACGUCCUGUACCCGAAGCGCAGCUCGGCUCUGCUGCGGGACUGGGACCUGUGGGGCCCGCUGCUGCUCUGCGUGACGCUGGCCCUGCUGCUGCAGGGCGGCGCGGCUGACAGCGACGACCAGGGGGGGCCGCAGUUCGCUGAGGUCUUCGUCAUCAUCUGGUUUGGCUCCAUCAUCAUCACCCUCAACUCCAAGCUGCUGGGCGGCACCAUCUCCUUCUUCCAGAGCCUGUGUGUGCUGGGCUACUGCAUCAUGCCUCUGACGGUGGCCAUGGCCGUGUGCCGGAUCGUCCUGGUCGGCGGCUCGGGGACGGUCAGCUUCGCCGUGCGGCUGGUGGUGGUGACGGCGUCCUUCGGCUGGUCCACCUUCGCCUCCACGGCCUUCCUCGCCGACAGCCAGCCGCCCAACCGCAAGGCGCUGGUGGUGUACCCGGUGUUCCUCUUCUACUUCGUGAUCGGGUGGAUGAUCCUGACGUUCUCGCCGUCGCAGUAGAGGAGAAACGAAAGGAACGGAUCCGAGUUGAACUGACAAGGAUGAGGGAGGUUUUUGUGGAGUGAAGGAACUCAAACAAACACCGGUGUCUGCCUUUGAGCGAAGACGAAUGACUACUGAACUGACUGUGGGUGUUUCUGGGGCUCUGAUGCGGUAUUUAGACUCGAGAAACACCAAAACAGACUCUUUGAGGUGAAGCAACGGCUCGAGCUGUGAUCCAGAGAGGUCCAGAGGACGCUGCGCUGCAGAUGGAGAGUUAACAAGCUGAUGAAUAUGUUCAUAUUUUCCAGGUCGUCUCCCAGGCAUGUUUACGAGCUGAGUAAAGAUAAAGUCCACGCUCUUGUACAUAGAGAUGCUCUACGAAUGUUUGAACAGCAGGGCUACCGCUGUUACUUCUUUCCUCCUGGUCUCUCUGGGUGCGUUUGAAACUUCGUGCGUUCCUGACGACACUCGCUGACCCGACAGAGUACAUUUUCACACUAAGUUAUUCAGUUUUAGACAUUUAGUGAAGCUUUCAUGUAGCUUAACUCAGAAGCUCUUCAGCUGUUGUCGAGCAGCUGUCAGUUUGUGGCUCUAGUCGUCACUUUUCCAGAUGUUUAUUUUCGUAUUUCGGGGGACGUUUUUGUUUUUAUUAGAUGGCAGGAAACAGUCGAGCUCUGUUGAUAUGCUGAUCAGCUCUGCAGAAAGCAAUAGUUUGGCAGCCAGUUAGCUUAGCUUAGCACAAAGACUGGAAGCAGGGGGAAACAGCUAGCCUGGCUCUGUCCAGAGGUAACAAAAUUCACCUCUAAAGCUCAUUGUUUGUUUGAUUGUGCACCUGAAUGUUUCUUGACCAGGUGGGGACACGAGAGCGGGAUCACUCCUCUCAUCCAUCUCUUGGCAUGAACGCAAAUGACUGUAUUUCCCAAAAUAAAUGUCGAAGCGUUUCUUUAAGGGCUGGAUACAAUCUAAAACUGCAUUUGUCCGCUCCCUCACUGACAUGGACAGAUGGCAAAAUUGACGUCACGUGGACCCUCGCGGUCAGAUGGAUGCAGAGGCUAUAAUUUGGAUUUAAGUGUACAGCUACAGACUCCUGACAUGAUGUGUGUUAGCGUGGCUCUAGGGCUCAUAAUGGUUAUUCACAUCUCUGAUUUCACUGAAUCAAACACAAUAACGGUGUGAAAACAAAGUCUGAUUGUCAGACUAGUUAUUUCCUCGGCCUGCAGUCAGCUGUGCUUUUUGAGUUGUGUUUAAGUGCUUUGAUGUCGGUCAGACCGUCACAUUACGAGAGAAGAAUCUCACGUCUCUUUGCUGCAGACAGCUUGCAGUGACGAGGUCGGGGCUGUUUGUUUCUUCUGGGAAAAUCCAACAUAAAACACAGACGAGGUUGCUUUCUUUCCUUUUUCCUGCAGAUAAAUGAACUGACUGAAGCACCGACAGCAGCAAAAGUUUCAGCCGUCUGAACAGCAGCAGGCACAUUUUAGCUGUCAGAGAUUCCUCCUCUCUGUGUCUGCUUCCUGUUUGGGCUGAUUUUUCACCUCCUAACCUGUCUGUAACCUUCGACCCCUGCUCUGUCUUUGAUGUUUCCCAAAUCACCGGGGCUUCUUUUGUUGAUUUAAUUUAUAUGUAUUCAUUAACAUCAAAUUGAAAAGAUUAAAAUAUAUUUGAUCAGCUGUGA